CUAUAUACAGGGUACUCCAUAAUUGUACUGGUUCUAGUGAUGGUGACGUCCUUCCCAUUACUAGGAUCUACCCUGACAGUGACCUGUGAGAUCGACUGAUGAUCGAUGCUUGAUGUUCACAUAAUGUCAUGCUGUCGAUUCAAUUAUAAUGUAACCUCUCUUUAUUAACGACUUUGUCGUUUGUUUGAAAAUUUAAACGACUGUAUUUAAUUUUUUUUCUUCGAAAAUGUCUCUCUACGACGACUUAGAUACCCUGAGGCAGAAGUCGGACGAAGUGGCCGGAUGGUCAUCCGGGAUAAAACUCUUCCAGUCUCACCUCCAAUUGAAGAAAGCGACCAAUUCGACUAAAAGAGACAACCUGAAGAAAACGACCAGCGUUUUGGCCCCGGUCUUCGAUCUGAAUUCCAAGAAGGACGAGGACGAAGAGGAAACGAAAGAAAACUACCUCCGUACAAAUUACAGCGAAGAGCUUGAUUGGGACUUCACUGGUGAGGAGUACGACCCUCUCUGGCCCAACGAUUACGAGAAAGUGGUGAAAGAUCUCAGAGAGAUGAGGGAAAGGGAGAAGGAGAAGCAGGACGAGGAGAGGAUGAAGAAAAGAGAGGAUAAGAUGAAGAGUCGAGAAAGCCGGUUUGAGCCGGUUGAAGACAAACCGGAAGAAGAAGAAGAGAAACCUCGUAAUCUAGGUGCUGCGAUAGCGCCCCCACCUUCUCUUGUAGAACAUGUCAUACCAAAAACAAGCGGUGCAUCAGUUGCUGCCAAAAUCAUGGCCAAAUACGGGUUCAAAGAAGGCCAAGGAUUGGGUAAAAAAGAACAAGGAAUAGCGAUGGCCUUGCAGGUGGAAAAAACAUCUAAACGUGGAGGAAGAAUCGUACAUGAAAAAGACAUGAUGCCUCCGCCCCCGGUAGUGCCGAGUUUAUCUCCACCUCCCAAACCACCAUCUCCACCUCCUGCACAAUCGACUCCGCAGAUAUCUUCGAUAACUGAAAUAAUGAAGACGCCUUCUAAAGUUGUACUUUUGAGGAAUAUGGUCGGCCCAGGUGAAGUCGACGAUGACCUCGAGCCCGAAGUCAAGGACGAGUGUAAUCAGAAAUACGGAGAUGUCAUACGUGUUAUAAUUUAUGAAAGGCCAGAUGUCGUAGCGGAACAAGCCGUUAGGAUUUUUGUGGAGUUCAAGAGAAUCGAAUCUGCAAUCAAAGCAGUUGUUGAUCUCAACGGAAGGUUUUUUGGUGGAAGGCAGGUUCAGGCAGGAUUCUAUCCUCAUGAGAAACUCGAUGCGCUUCAACUUCUAGAUUAGUUCAAUUCAAUUGUUUACAAUAUUGUAUAUAUUCAAAUUUUCACACUUUCUUUUAAUACAUGGUAUAUAU